CUGAGAGAGAUAUGUAAUUUUAACCUCAUUUAGGCUUUUUGGUUUCACCCAUUUUUUUAAGAUAAAAAUGUGAUAAGUAAUCAUUAGUCGACUUUGACCAAUUAUAUUUAGUUUACUUAUAUAGCUUUGUUAAUUGCCCAACAAGAGAUUACCAUGACGUUUUAUUCGGUGAUAGUGACUGCACAUAGCUUGUGUAACAAGUCACUAAAAUGCUUGAAUUUAUACUAUUCCACUAAAAGAAAUGGUAUUAUAUUUAGAAAAUUCAGCAGUAUGGCUCAAAAAAUCAGUCAAAACAAGACUUACAUAGCAGUAGAAAUUCCUAUAAAAGAAAAGAAUGCUGCCAGAGGGAUAUUAAAAAUAUUCCGAAGAAACAAAAGUAGUACCCCAAAAAGGGAUCCAGUAGUGAACAAAUCGGAACUCAGGCGAUUAUUUUCGUUGGCAAAACCAGAGAAAUGGAAACUGGGCACAGCUAUUGGCUUCUUAUUAGUGUCAAGCUCUGUGACAAUGACCAUACCAUUUAGUUUAGGAAAGGUGCUAGACAUAAUUUAUACAAGCAGUGAAGAUAGUAACGAGGCAAGAACGAGACUGAAUAAAGUAUGCGGUAUUUUGUUGGGUAUUUUUGUAUUGGGUGCCAUUUGUAACUAUGGGAGAGUGUACUUCAUGUCUACUGCAGGGUACCGAAUGACCAAUGCCCUCAGGAGGCAGGUCUUCAGUUCGAUAUUAAGACAGGAACAGGGCUGGUUUGACAAGAGACCAACAGGCGAACUAAUAAACAGGUUGUCUGCCGAUACCCAGAUUGUGGGGACAGCUUUGUCACAAAACAUCUCCGACGGGUUACGCUCUUUCGUGAUGGUUUGUGCGGGCACAGGCAUGAUGUUCUACAUGUCUCCAGAGCUGGCAUUGGUAGGCCUAGCGAUUGUGCCUCCAGUAGCUGGCAUAGCAGUUAUUUACGGACGGUUUGUAAGAAACAUUUCCAGGAAAUUGCAGGACUCUCUGGCGGAGUCUACAAAGGUAGCUGAAGAGAAGAUUUCCAAUGUGCGGACAGUGAAAUCAUUUGCACAAGAACCUAGAGAGAUUGAGAGUUACAACAUGGCGAUUGAUGGUGUUCUAAAAUACUGCUACCAAGAAGCAAAGGCAAGAGCUUUUUUCUACGGCAUGACAGGAUUCAGCGGGAACGCUAUUAUAAUAUCAGUUCUCUACUACGGGGGAGUUAUGGUAUCCUCAGACACAUUAACCGUGGGGAAUUUAACGUCGUUCCUUCUUUACGCUGCCUAUAUAGGAAUAUCCGUGAGCGGCCUAUCUAGUUUCUACACUGAAUUGAAUAAAUCUGUCGGAGCUGCCACCAGGAUGUGGGAAAUCAUAGAUCGACAGCCGAUUAUCCCCAUACAAGGUGGCUUGGUGCCCAUGGACAACCUUCAAGGCCACAUCGAGUUCAAGAACAUCAAAUUCAGCUACCCAGCCAGGACGGACAUUGAAAUAUUCAAGGAUCUGGACCUGGACAUAAGUCCUGGCAAUACCGUCGCAGUUGUAGGCCCAAGCGGGUCCGGAAAAAGCACCCUGGCAGCACUCUUACUCCGGUUAUAUGACCCGUCAGGAGGAGCUGUAUUGUUGGACAACCAAAACAUAAAAGACCUGGACCCUGCCUGGGUGAAGAAACACAUCGGCACCGUCAGUCAGGAACCCAUAUUGUUCUCUUGUUCCAUAAAGGAGAACAUUCUGUACGGGGCUGAGGAUCCGGAUAAAAUCACCGAAGAACAGCUUAUGAGGGUGUGUGGGGAAGCCAAUGUUAUUGAGUUCGUGGAAGACCUCCCAGACGGUUUCGACACUCUAGUUGGAGAAAGAGGGGUUAUGCUUAGCGGGGGUCAGAAGCAACGAGUCGCCAUAGCCAGGGCUCUCAUUAAGGAUCCUAAAAUACUUCUUCUGGACGAGGCUACCAGCGCUCUAGAUGCCCAGUCAGAGCACCUGGUUCAGGAGGCUCUGGAAAGGGUGAUGAAAGGCAGAACGGUUCUGACAAUUGCUCACCGGUUAUCAACCAUACAAAAUGCUGAUGUCAUCGCCGUUUUGGAUAACGGCCAGAUCGUAGAGAAGGGAAAGUAUCAGGAUUUGGUGAGUCAAGACGGGGUGUUCAAGGAGUUGAUCAAGCACCAGACUUUCAAGGAGUUUUGAGGGCUGGCGGUUUGUUUUUAGAGUUGUCCAAAGGAGUUUUAUUUGGGUGCCGGUUUUGGAUUGCUGUUCAACAUCAUGAAAUGAGAUUGAAAAUUUGUGAAGGGUUCACGUCGUGGUUGCAAUGCUUACAAGGAAAUUGAUAUUUAUAUAACUAAUUGGCAAAAUAAUCAUUGUUGUUUCCAAUAGAGACAAAAUGGCACAGUUGCAGUUGCAGUCUAGUAAUUUUUCAUUCAGCUAAACCUUCAAUUUUGAAUGCUAGUCAGAUUUUUGUUUUCUAUUGUCAAUAUUGACAAGUUUUUGUCUAUGCUAUAUCAUGAAAGUUCAUCUGAAAAUACAGUCAUUCUAGAAGAAAACCAUACUUUGUAGUGAUGUUUCAGUGAUAAAGGUCAUUGUUGCGUUUUGGAAAUACUUCUAAAUUUGUAUUGUAUUUUGUUGAUUGUUCAAAAAAUUUAUUGUUGAUGUA